GUCGAAAACAGGAAAAAAUAAAAAAUAAAUAAAAAGCAGGAAAAACGGGAGAAGAUUGUGACAUGUCAGCGUCCUGCGGCGCAUGCCUCCCUGUGGGCAUUGUACCGAAAAUGAAACAAUUCGGUUGACUCGGUCGUUUGAAAACUUCUUCCAGGAUAUUGUGCUGAAUUAAAAGUUUUGGAUAAAUGAUUAUUACUAUGGAAUUCUUCAUGCGCUCAGUGACUUUUGCUUUAUCUUGGCUUUUGGCUGCGGGUGUUCUAACGGGACACUUGAGACUGGAACCACCUGAUGAAUUUCAUGCAUAUUUUACUGGAGACAGUUUUUUCGUUACAUGCAUAGCAGACGAGACAAGCGGUGCGACCAGAUUAACCUGGGAGGCGCCAACAGGAAAAGACAUAACGCACACCAGAGGCAGAGUGCACGUGGAAGCCGCACCUCACUGUCCGUUAGGAUUAGAGCUAGUAGUAGAAGAGGUUCGAUACAAGGACCAAGGUACUUACACCUGCUCGGCAAUAGUCGACGGGAAAGAAACAACAACCCAUUUCACACUCAAAGUUUAUC